CAGGACAUCCGCAACACGGUGGGCAACGUCCCCAUGGAGUGGUACCAGGACUUCCCCCACAUCGGCUACAACCUGGAGGGGAAACAGAUCUACAAGCCCAUCCGCUCCAAGGACGAGCUGGACCGGUUCCUGGAGAAGAUGGAGAACCCCGACUACUGGCGAACGGUCCAGGACAAGAUGACCGGGGCGGAUGUGAAGCUGACGGACGAGCAAGUGGAGCUGGUGAACCGUCUCCAGCGCGGCCAGUUUGGGGACGUGAAUUUCAAUCCAUACGAGCCGGCCGUGGACUUUUUCAGCAGCCAGCUGAGGAUCCACCCGGUGACAAACCGUCCGGCGGACAAGCGGAGCUUCAUCCCUUCCUUGGUGGAGAAGGAGAAG